AUGGACGCCCUCGAAGAAUCCUCCCACCCAGCUUCACGACGCGCCGCAGACCGGUUACCCUCCUUCAUCAAAUUCCCGGCGCUGGUGCUCGUAUCUCUCAGCCUGAGCGCUUUCAUCCACACUCUCGCUUCCAACUACACCGGCCCGGAGCUCGGUUCAGUCAGUCGCGAACUGACGGAAGAAUGGCAAAUUGGCGUCAUGGUGGGCUGGAAGCUGUCCGAGUUGGCGGCCGCGUGGUAUCUGCGCUAUGAUUAUAUCGAUCUGGCCUGGUUGACGCUCUUGAGCAAUGUCCCUCACUACUUCCUCCUCCACACCUUCUUCGGCAUCGACCCCCUCGCCGCGCUCGUUCCGCUUGCCAUCGAUGUGGUGACCAUCGCCAUUCCAUUCGCCAUCUUCCGUGGCACUAUCCACGCUCGCGACACAACAGCUCCACGGACACCGAACCAACUCGUGGCACAAGAUACGGGCAUUCUAGUCAUCAUUGCGGCCCUUGGUGCUGCGCUAUACACUAUCACCAUCUACACAAGCUUCUACACUUGGCUGCCCACAUACAUGGUCAUCCAUUUCGAUGGCCUCAAGAGCCUCGAAAAGGCCCACAACGCCGUUGGGCCCAUCCUUGCCAUUCUCUUCCUGCCUCUCGGCUACGGCGCUGCUCACUUGAUCUUUGUACCAGCAAUCGGAUCUCCUGCCAACCCAGGGCGAACGGAUCCUAGCUUAGAGAAGGCUGUGUUUGAUCCUGCGAAUGCCACAUUUGGCCAGACUCUCGCAUACAAUCUCGGCUGCAGUCCAGCGGGCUUCACGCCACGAGCAGAAAUCCUAUUCAAGCGAACUGCUAUUCUGGCAACAUCGACCUUCGUCAACUCACUAGUGCGAUCAUAUGUCACCAUCGAGGGCACAGAGUUCAUGGGCGCUGUGGGCUGGUCGAGCAUCUGGGCGGUGGCUUCUCUAUUGACAGGUCUUGCAUUUUCUUGGGUCGGAGACGAGUAA